GUCCUGCUGAGGAUGAGGCUGUCCAGAGCCUUUGCUUGGGCACUGCUGUGCACUACAGCCACAACAGUUACAGCUCCAUAUGCCACAGCACCCAGUGACUGUGGGGGCCACUACACAGAUGACUAUGGCAGGAUCAUCAACUAUGUUGGGCCGAAAACUGAAUGUGUCUGGGUCAUUGAGUACGAGCCCGGGGAGAUACCCAUGGUGGCCAUUCAAGACCUCAGCAAACUCACCUGUGGCAAAGAGUAUGUGGAAGUGCUGGAUGGACCUCCAGGGUCUAAGUCCUUGGCCAGGAUUUGUAGAGACCUCACUACCUUCUAUCGCUCUUCUUCCAACAUUAUUACCAUCAAGUACUCCAGAGAACCCAGUCAUCCACCCUCCUUCUUUGAAAUAUAUUACUUUAUUGACGUUUGGGCACCUAAAUAGGUAGGUGGGGGGAAGAGGCACCUGCUGAUGCUCCCCUGCCCUGCCUGAGCCUGGUUUUGUAUAUGUUGGGCAGAAGGUACACCUGUGACUGCAGAAAUAAGAUUGAGCCACAGUUCUUUUGGACCAGUGUUGGGUGAGGGAGAGGGAGUGUGACCCAGUGACCCUUCCAGAGAAACAUACGAGUUCUGUCCCAGCAUUUCUGUACACCCAAAUCUUUGAGGUUGGAAGAUCAGAUGUGAAAACUUCAUUGUUCCUGCCCUCUUGGUGUAGAAGCAUGUAUCUCUGAGUAGCCAUCAUCUUUCUCUCUACUGAUUUUUAUAAGCCCUGUGGCAUUUUCUAAUGUAUUUAUGCAAAC